UCUGGGAUUCCGCUGCGAAAGCGGGGUGGGGGGGCCGGGGGCGAGCUCUCGGUUCCCCGGCCGCCCCCCGCUCGGGCUCGGCUCCCCUCUCCCCCGCACCUCCCCGGCCCGGGCUCUCGGCGCUUCCACGCUCUCGGAAUCACGACCCCUCCUUGCCAUGUAUCCGCAAGGCAGACAUCCGGCUCCCCACCAACCCGGGCAGCCGGGAUUUAAAUUCACAGUGGCUGAGUCUUGUGACAGGAUCAAAGACGAAUUCCAGUUCCUGCAAGCUCAGUAUCACAGCCUCAAAGUGGAGUACGACAAGCUGGCGAACGAGAAGACGGAGAUGCAGCGCCAUUACGUGAUGUACUAUGAGAUGUCCUAUGGCUUGAACAUUGAAAUGCACAAGCAGACAGAGAUUGCGAAGAGACUGAACACAAUUUUAGCCCAGAUCAUGCCUUUCCUGUCACAGGAGCACCAGCAGCAGGUGGCCCAGGCGGUGGAACGAGCUAAGCAGGUCACCAUGACGGAGCUGAACGCCAUCAUUGGGGUACGUGGACUCCCCAAUCUGCCUCUCACCCAGCAGCAACUCCAGGCGCAGCACCUCUCCCACGCCACGCACGGCCCCCCGGUCCAGCUGCCGCCUCACCCGUCGGGCCUCCAGCCGCCGGGGAUCCCCCCAGUGACCGGGAGCAGCUCUGGGCUGCUAGCACUUGGUGCCCUGGGCAGCCAGGCCCACUUGGCGGUGAAGGACGAGAAGAACCACCAUGAACUGGACCACAGAGAGAGAGAAUCCAGCACGAAUAAUUCAGUGUCACCCUCAGAAAGUCUCCGGGCCAGUGAGAAACACCGGGGCUCUGCAGACUAUAGCAUGGAAGCCAAGAAGCGGAAAGCCGAGGACAAGGACAGCCUGAGCCGAUACGACAGUGACGGGGACAAGAGUGACGAUCUGGUGGUGGAUGUUUCCAAUGAGGACCCAGCAACACCCCGUGUCAGCCCCUCACACUCCCCUCCUGAGAAUGGGCUAGACAAGGCCCGAGGCCUGAAGAAAGAUGCCCCAACCAGCCCUGCCUCGGUGGCCUCCUCCGGCAGCACACCCUCCUCCAAGACCAAAGACCUUGGUCAUAAUGACAAGUCCUCCACCCCCGGGCUCAAGUCCAACACUCCAACGCCAAGGAAUGAUGCCCCAACUCCAGGCACCAGCACGACUCCUGGGCUCCGGUCCAUGCCAGGCAAACCUCCGGGCAUGGACCCGAUAGGUAUAAUGGCCUCCGCCCUGCGUACGCCCAUCUCCAUCACCAGCUCCUACGCAGCACCCUUCGCCAUGAUGGGCCACCACGAGAUGAACGGGUCCCUCACCAGCCCCAGCGCCUACGCCAGCCUGCACAACAUCCCGCCCCAGAUGAGCGCCGCUGCCGCCGCCGCCGCUGCUGCCUAUGGCCGAUCGCCAAUGGUGAGCUUUGGAGCUGUUGGUUUUGACCCUCACCCCCCGAUGCGGGCCACGGGCCUGCCCUCAAGUCUCACCUCUAUCCCAGGAGGGAAACCUGCAUAUUCCUUCCAUGUAAGUGCGGACGGGCAAAUGCAACCUGUGCCCUUUCCGCAUGAUGCCCUGGCCGGCCCUGGCAUCCCGAGACACGCCCGGCAAAUCAACACCCUCAGCCAUGGGGAGGUGGUGUGCGCUGUGACCAUCAGUAACCCCACUCGACAUGUUUACACGGGGGGCAAGGGCUGCGUGAAGAUCUGGGACAUCAGCCAGCCAGGCAGCAAGAGCCCCAUCUCCCAGCUGGACUGCCUGAACAGGGACAACUACAUCCGCUCCUGCAAGCUGCUCCCUGAUGGGCGCACACUCAUUGUGGGUGGUGAGGCCAGCACACUCACCAUCUGGGACCUGGCCUCACCCACGCCCCGCAUCAAGGCCGAACUCACGUCCUCGGCACCCGCCUGUUACGCCCUGGCCAUCAGCCCUGAUGCCAAAGUCUGCUUCUCCUGCUGUAGCGAUGGGAACAUUGCUGUCUGGGACCUGCACAACCAGACCCUGGUCAGGCAGUUUCAGGGCCACACGGAUGGGGCCAGCUGCAUAGACAUCUCCCACGAUGGCACCAAGCUGUGGACUGGCGGCCUGGACAACACUGUGCGUUCCUGGGACCUUCGGGAGGGUCGCCAGCUGCAGCAGCAUGACUUCACCUCCCAGAUCUUCUCGCUGGGCUACUGCCCCACCGGGGAGUGGCUGGCCGUAGGCAUGGAGAGCAGCAACGUGGAGGUCCUGCACCACACCAAGCCGGACAAGUACCAGCUGCACCUGCAUGAGAGCUGUGUGCUCUCCCUCAAGUUUGCCUACUGUGGCAAGUGGUUCGUGAGCACAGGGAAAGAUAACCUCCUCAACGCCUGGAGGACGCCCUACGGAGCCAGCAUCUUCCAGUCUAAAGAAUCCUCAUCUGUCUUGAGUUGCGACAUUUCAGCGGAUGACAAAUAUAUUGUAACAGGCUCUGGUGACAAGAAGGCCACGGUUUAUGAGGUCAUCUACUAAACAAGGACUCUAACAGGGCUGUCAAACUCUGGGAGAAGCCGCUUCGGCACUGACAGAGAGACCCAGCGAGCCCCCUCGGGGUCGCGGAGAACAGGCCGCCAGCAGUGGUGAUCUAGGUGGGCUGUGGUCCUCAGGCUGCAGUGGGUGUGGCUCGUCACGGCCUGGACUCUGGGCAUGGACCGAUGUGUCUCUUGAACUCCGAUGGACUUGCUCUUCCUCCCCCAUAACCAUGCUGGCAGAUGCUACAAAUAGAUUUCUUUGGAGGCUUGUGCCUCCCAUUCCCCCACAGACAUCUUCAUGAAUGUCGUCUCUUCUUCCCCUUUCUUUUGCCCUGUCCUCUCCCCAUCUGGGGUCGGGAACACUGGAGUGGACCACGUUGUUGUGCUGGGGAGGGGGGGAAUCUGGUUCCCAAUUGUGCAGUGCACAAGGCUUGUGAAAAUGUAAAUAACAGACCCCUAUCUGGGGCUGGCCAGUGGGGGAGGUGGCCCUUUCCCACCGGAACCUUGCCGUGUAUUUUCGCCUGCUGUAUUUGCAAACCACAUGUGGUGGUGGCUUGUUUGUUUUAAAAGUUUUGUUUCUUUUUUCUUCUUUUUAAACUGAAUUUCCCAUGGGGAAAGUGGGCAGGGGAGGGAGCAACACAGGAAGGGGGGUUGGAAUGGGAGGAGAGCCUCUGGGGUGUGGUGGGGAACUGCAACCUGCAGCCAGAUGCCCUGAGGUACCACCUGUGGCACUCUGGGCAGUGUCAGAAGCCUGUCCAGAUGGAGCCCCAGACAGACAGGUGGACAGGACUUGGGCCGAUGUCUGCAGAGCAUUAGGUAUUUCUGUGGGUCUCUCCCCAAUGUAGCAUCUUCCCCUGUCUGUCUGUCUGUGUGCCCCUGGCCCUCCUUUCUUGGUGCAAGCUCUUCACCCACUUGGGGACUGGAGGUUCUGAGGAACUCCCCAGCUUUUCCUAACCUUCAAGGGCGGCCUGCAGAGGACUCAUGUUAGAGGGAAGCAUAGCCACUCAGCUCAGGGAGCCACCAGAGACAAACAGCAACUGAUGUGGGUGCAUUAUUUUUUUUUAAUUUGAAUAAAAAGAAUUAGAAGCGAUGUCCUUUUAUAAAAUGCCUUCGCCCCUUUCCUGCCUUCAGCCCCUCCGCCUCCUGCUGGGAGGAGAAACCCUCUUAACCUGCAGACUUGUGAAUCUGAAAAGCAGUUUCCUGUACCCCAACCUGGGCAGGGCAGUGGGCUGCGGACUUUGGGGAAACAGCCUGGCACACAGGUGACCCGGGCAGCCUUUCUGCUCUUCAUGGGCCAGAGAGGUUGCAGGACAAUGCUGUGUCCUGUAGCAAGUGUUCAAAGGUAUUAGGGUUUUGUUUUUGUUUUUGUCCUUUCUUUUCCCUUCUUUUAAAAGAAAAGCAAAGGGCCAUGUGAUUUCCUGGUGGUGGGCUCUCUGUGGAUGUAGCAUAUGGAAGAUAAUUUUUAUACGCAUUUUUAUGGAUUAUUUUAUAACGUGAUUUGCUCUGGUGCAGAGGAAGGAGGGGCUCCCAGGAAAACUGCUUGUCUCCAGGGUUCCCUGGCCGCACAGCCUUCUGGCGGGAUGUGACGAUGGAUGGAGCCAGCAGGCCGCCCUGGACCUUGUUGAGAGGUGUAUGGUGCAGGGUUUCUGUCUCCCUGGGUCCCAGAGCAUCACCUGUCACUUCUUGUUAAGGUUCUGGCCAAAAGGGAGGGCGAGGGUAGAAGAAACUUAUUCCUGGAGAGAAAAAACAAAACAAAAAAAGAAAAGUCAUUGUAAUGAGCUGUUUUUAUAUUUUUAAAAGUUAAUAUUUAAAGGUU